AGUGGGAAGAAUGCUCUUUACAUUGGUGGUCAGUGGGAAGAAUGUUCUUUACAUUGGUGGUCAGUGGGAAGAAUGUUCCUUACAUUGGUGGUCAGUGGGAAGACUGUUCUUUACAUUUGUGGUCAAUGGGAAGAAUGUUCCCUACAUUGGUGGUCAAUGGGAAGAAUGUUCCCUACAUUGGUGGUCAAUGGUUAGAAUGUUCCCUACAUUGGUGGUCAAUGGGAAGAAUGUUCCCUACAUUGGUGGUCAAUGGGAAGAAUGUUCCCCCUACAUUGGUGGUCAAUGGGGAAGAAUGUUCCCUACAUUGGUGGUCAAUGGGAAGAAUGUUCCCUACAUUGGUGGUCAAUGGGAAGAAUGUUCCCUACAUUGGUGGUCAAUGGGAAGAAUGUUCCCUACAUUGGCGGUCAAUGGGAAGAAUGUUCCCUACAUUGGC